AUGAAACUGCGUUCCCAGGCGUCCUACAUUAUAGACACAGACAAGCACGCCAUGGCCCAGUCCCGAGAGCAGGCCUCUUACUUUGGGGGUACGGCCCGGCGGCGGGCGGCCACGCGGAUCCAGGCGUGGUGGCGGGGCACGCUGGUGCGGCGGGCGCUGCUGCACGCGGCGCUGCGCGCGUGGGUGGUGCAGCGCUGGUGGCGGCGGGCGCGGGCGCGCGCGCGCGAGCGGCGGCGGCGGGAGGCGCUGGUGCGCUACGCACGCCGGGAGCGCGCCGUGGUGACGCUGCAGUCGCUGGUGCGCAUGUGGCGCGUGCACUGGCGCUACCGCCAGGUGCUCGACGCCAUCGGCGUCAUCCGCGGCCACUGGCGCUGCCACAACUGCCGCGCCUGCGCCUCCCUGCGCGCCCACUGCGUCAUCACCGCCACGCACCUGCAGUUCCACAUCGAGAUCGUCAACCACUGA